ACGUGAUCAAGCAUAAUAAAGAUGUUAGUGAGCAUUUUAAGGAUAUACACUGGAAAAAGAUCAACUUGAUUCAUAUACACUGACCAGGCAUAAAAUUAUGACCACCUGCCUAAUAUUGUGUUGGUCCCCCUUUUGCUGCCAAAACAGCCCUGACCCGUCCUGCACUGUGUAUUCUGACACCUUUCUAUCAGAACCAGCAUUAACUUCUUCAGCAAUUUGAUCAACAGUAGCUCGUCUGUUGGAUCGGAUCACACGGGUCAGCCUUCACUCCCCACGUGCAGCAAUGAGCCUUGACCACCCAUGACCCUGUCACCGGUUCACCACUGUUCCUUCCUUGGACCACUUUUGAUAGAUACUGACCACUGCAGACCGGGAACACCCCACAAGAGCUGCAGUUUUGGAGAUGCUCUGAUCCAGUGGUCUAGCCAUCACAAUUUGGUCCUUCAUCAAAUCCCCUAAAAUUCUAAGCUUGUCCAUUUUUCCUGCUUCUAACAUCAACUUUGAGGACAAAAUGUUCACUUGCUGCCUAAUAUAUCCCACCCACUAACAGGUGCCAUGAUGAGGAGAUACUCAGUCUUAUUCACUUCACCUCUCACUGCUCACAGUGUUAUACCUGAUCGGUGUACAUAUAUUCAUACCUUAUUCUGAUGAUGGAUGUGAACAUUAACUGAAGCUCUUGGUCUGUGUAUGCGUGCUGCCACCUGAUUGGUUAAUUGCAUUAAUAAGUUUCUAUUAAACUGACCGAGAAAUGAAUAAAUUUAUGUCAAGUUAAAAGCCCAUAUUUUGUCCACUUGCCUAAACAAACACAUUUUACUCUGUACAAUCGAAUGAAUACCAGCGGGGAAUCCCGCCCAAUCUGGCAGCAGUGUGAGACUUCUCUCUCCUCCCGGAUCCUCUGUAGGCGUCGAUAUAACGGAUAAACAUGUAGUUUGGAGUCUGUAUUUGCUCGUUUCUAUUUCUCUUCUUCACACCGAUGCUAUGGAACACUGAAGAUGAAGAACUGAUGGUUGUGUAUUUUCACUGGACAUCAGACAAGCUGGAAAAUUGGAAUCACUGGUUUGGGGAACAAAUCUGACUCUGAUGCGUUCAUUCCUGAGGCAAGGAUUGUUCAGAAAGUAUAAAGUAUAUGGAUCCCAGGAACCCCAAAAAUACAAGGAUUGGUGCUGAGUCAAGUGGAAAAAGAGCAGCUGAGUUUUCAAUACAUGAAUCAAACCACUUGGGCUGGAUGUAGAUGUUUAUUGUACAACAUACAGGGCUGUUUGAAGAUAUAUAUAUAAAAAAGGUGAUGCUGAGCAAGCAAGCAAGAGUACACAUGCGUCGGAAUGAUACAGGGUUUCACCCCACUCGUCCAAUUUCUGCUCCUGCUCCUCCUUAUAGGAUUCGCAAUGGCUGGUCUUCAUCUGUGGCCCUCAGUACAUGUUGCUCUAAGCAAUGCCAGUGUUUUUGUCACUUACAAUACAGACACCAACAUGACAGACAGUGAAUUGUCCAUGAAUCUGCUUGACCUUGAUAAGAAUAUAACAUUGCUAACUCGACGUCUGCCAUUCAACCAGUCAGCGGGCGUUCUGGAGUUUGACUGCGAAUACUUCCUAUAUGCCGGGAAUUUCAGCUUCAGAUUGGACCAAACUGGCCACCAGGGUGGACUGAGGAGUACCUCCAGCUGGUGGAGCCCAGUACUACGCGUCCUGUGGCCCACAUUCCACUUUGGAGUGGAACAUGCUAACAACAACUACAGUUCUGGUGCAUUUCAGGUUUCUGUGUCUACCAAUGUUGACUUCCAUGUCUGCCUGAACAGCAACUCAUCCCUCUACCUAGAGGUCAGCUACAUGGAACACAACCAGAUUGGCAAGAACACCAUCGACAAGGUGCAGAAACGAACGACACACAACAUCCAGGCUGUGAGGUCCCAGCAUGUGGAACUAAAGUGUGCCUCCCUGCUGACUGAGGCUGGCUUCAUUCAAGUAGCUCUCAAGUCUCACUACACCCAACAGGACAUCAAAUCCUCAGGACCACUCUAUUUAUCUCGUAUCUUCUCCUACAAGCUUCUGGUUGAGAAUAACUACAGAAGUGGCUGUGAGGGGACAGUGCCUGUCCGCCUGCUCUCUCCACCCUGCACAGUCACUGCAGGGAAGGUGUUGCUGUACAAGGAGGCCAGUGCAGCUUCAGAGCAGGAAAAGCCCUCUCAGCUUGCCUUUCACUUUCUCACCCAAGGGGAGAAUGAGACAGAGUUUAAUUGCUCCCAGUUUGAUCUUGGACAGAAAAAGUACUGCUUUCAUUAUGAGCGUAUCUACAGUCAGUCCUCCAGUUUGGCACAUACAUGCAUCAUUGUGCAAAGAAAUGCUGUAGAGAUGUGGGGCCCAUGGCAAACAUGGAGUGGGUGCAGUGUGACUUGUGGAGAGGGGGUGCGAGAGCGUGUGCGUGAGUGCUUGGUGCCCCCUGGUGGUGGGAUGCAGUGCAGUGGUAUGGUGAGAGAGCAGUCACUCUGCUCCCUGGAGGACUGUACUGAUGUCCUGCCUCCUGUUUCCGCCCCGCCUCCUCCGGCUGUGGACUCCUUUCUUGGAGGAAACUUAGUUGUGGUGGCUGGUAUCUCUCUCUGUCUUGCUGUCAUCCUGGUCACUAUCCUUAUAACAGUGUGGAGGAAACUGUGCCAUGGCCAAAAGUGUAGCUCAGCAAGGCCUGAGUCUAUGCCUUCUCCUAGUGGACGCAAAAACUCAGAUGAGGCUUCUAUUUGUGGACACAGCCUGCGGAGGCCUAGUUUCUCUGAGAGUAUGAGGGCAUCUGCACUUCAGAAUGGCCAAACAUGCCCUGUGUCUAUUCGAGCAGCAUCAGACAAGGGGGUACUGGCCUGUCAGCAGAGUUUCCCCCACUCUGCGCCCUCACCUCAAGAUCCUGAACGGCUGUCCCCAUCUGGUCAAAAGAUUCUUCCACCCAUUUUUGGGUAUCGUUUGGCGCAGCAACAACUUAAGGAAAUGAAGAAGAAAGGACUUAAAGAAGCCACACAGGUCUAUCAUGUCUCCCAGAGUCCUGUUGAUGACACAAUGUUGGAGGCCACAGCCUCAACAUCUGCUGGUCUAACACCAGUGCCUCAGGACCUGGAAAGUCAAGAAGAAGUCAGUAUCAGGCAACUCCGCAAAUCUCCUUUCACAGAGCCCACAUGGCCUCACAGAAGUUCUGCCACUUUGCCUGACAGACUGAGUCCCAAGGUGGAUCUGAUGUUGGCCACACCAAAAGUUGUUUUUAGUGACCGGGACCGACGACAAGAACGCACUGCAGACUGGGUGGCAAUGGUGGAACGAAACAGACUCAGUUUUUCUAACAACCCAAAUUUCAGGAGGACAUCUAGCUUCAACGAGAGCAAUCUGCAGCAGUUACCUAAACCACAGCCAUUUAGGGAGCGGAGCAUGACUCAGGUGGCCCCCCGCCAGAUUCCAGAGGGCAGCUGUAGAACCAGAGCCUGGGAGCAUCCAAUACCUGAGCUGGAGGACUGGUGUCAGUCUAAAUAUAGGAUACCCGACAGCUCUAGUCACCACAGGCAGAGACCUUGGGUAGAUAUGCCUUCCUUUUCAAAAUCCAAACCUGCUGUGGUUCAUUCGGGGACAGUACCAACAAAAAAUCGGGUAACUGACAAUCAUGGAGUGGGCUGGGUCCCAUCUUUUGGGAUAGAGCGGGUAGAAAGGGCAGAACAAAAUUGGAACAGGAGAGGUCCCUCUCCUAUCCAGAGGAACAUUUUGGCCCGGAAGUUGCGAGAAGCCAAUUCAUCAACCAGUCACCACAGAAAGAGAAGUUCCACGUUCUCUAGCUAUGAUCAGAGCAAGGCCCGAUGCCGAAGCCUCCCACUCUCUGCAGACUACAGCUCCUCCUAUGGCCUGACUGAGGAUGAGCAGCGAAUGAUGGACAUUUCUGGAUAUCUGGGAGAAGAGGACGGGACAGAAAUAACGAAAGACCUCAGUUGAUUAUAUCUGAGAUUGUUUAGAUUAGAAACUCCAAAGCUGAAUUCCCAUAACUGAUUGUUUCUCAAGUUGUAGUGCUUUACCUUUGUGAAGCCUUUAUUUAGGAAUUACUUUUUGGGAAUUAAGUUAAUAGUUAUUGUUAGCUGAAUGAUGUAUAACUUAUUAUUUUUGUCUUUAACAUGAAUUUUUUAUAUUCCUUAUAAUAUGUAUUGUCAAAAAUCAUGUUAAAUUAUUUUAUUUGCACAGUGUAGGAAUUGUAUGUGUUCUGAAGAGAGCACACCUGAUUAACCAGUUAAAUGUAAGCAUUUUUACUGUAAAGCUGCCUUAAGAUCAAGUUGGAUAUUUUAUCAGAUACUGUAUAAAACAACUAUUUGGAAUUAUCAUGUAAAUGAGUAUACCUUCGGCAAAAAGAAACUAUAUUACUGCAUUGUAAUUGUAUGUAGCAGCAAACUGGUUUGUCUCUAAAUCCUUUAAAUAUAUUAGAAUGGUUUAAUCUAAGUAUAAAUGCUUUUAUUUUUGUUUGUAAAUGAAAAAUAAUGUUCAUAUCUUUUCUUUUACAGAGAUUUAUUGCAUUUUCAUUUUGUUUUAGUGUAUCUGAAUUAAAAGAAUGUAAUGUAAAGGAUCAUUCAGAGUAGUUUAAACUGUGUCUCUUUACACUGGAAGAAAUAUCUCAGCUCAUAGGCAGGCAGUUCUGUAUGGACUGUAAAUAAAUUUCUUUUAUUUAAAAGAAAUUCUUUUAUGUUUGUUAUAAAGAAUGGGGGGUAUAUAUCAUGUGAUCUAAAGGAUAGAGAUAUCUGACUUUUGGCUAGUGCCUAUGGGGAAAACAACAAAACUACAAAAACUUAGAAAAUAGAAACCUUUCGGUAACUGAGGUUAAGCAUAGGAUUAGAUGUGGGUAUAAAAUAUUGUUUAUUAGCUGUAUUGAAGAUACUCAUGAUGAUAUUAUGAGGUCUGUGUGUGUGUGUGUGAGAGAGAGAAAGAGAGACUACUCU